UGCUGUGAACUAUAUGCAGCCAUAGAGAUGGUUGCAGCAGUCGAGGCCCAACUUUCUGUAACUGCGUUCAACGUAGAGCCGUUGCAUUGUGUCUACCGUUUGUGAUUUGUUUAAAUCAGAUGGGUGCAUCUGCGCUACGGCUGAGAUAUUAUAGUAAAUAUGUCCCUUUUUUGCAUUAUAGCCAAUAAUAGCCACUCCGCAGCCAUAGCUCCAACUUUUAUCUAUCCACGCUCUAGCUUCAGCUUCUUCUUCCUUCGAAAUUCAAAAUGCUCUAGCCUUACCGCAGCAAGCACAUGAUUAUUCUUCGUUGUUGUUCUUGUACCUCACGUUCUAAGGCAUCCUGCAGUCGUAUCACCACCACUGUGGAAGGUACAAUUUCGUUUCUCCAAUGUGCUACCGCAACGCUUCUGGAAAAAGGGCCUCACAAAUGCGAUGAGCCUAGCUGAAAGUAUCACUGCCAGAACGGCAUGCCACGCCCCUCCCAUCGUCGUCGAGCAGGCAGCGAGUCAAGGAGCGUGCAGACUACGGAGACUGUGGAUCAGUCACACUCCACUACAGCUCACGUUCUAAGGCAUCCUGCAGUCGUAUCACCACCACUGUGGAAGGUACGAUUUCCUUUCUCCAAUGUGCUACCGCAACGCUUCUGGAAAAAGGGCCUCACAAAUGCGAUGAGCCUAGCUGAAAGUAUCACUGCCAGAACGGCAUGCCACGCCCCUCCCAUCGUCGUCGGUAAGGUCGAGGUUAGCACACAGUGCAGCUUCCCUCUGGCUGACAAGUCUGUUGGGUGCUCCUUCAGAGCAGGCAGCGAGUCAAGGAGCGUGCAGACUACGGAGACUGUGGAUCAGUCACACUCCACUACAGCUCACGUUCUAAGGCAUCCUGCAGUCGUAUCACCACCACUGUGGAAGGUACAAUUUCCUUUCUCCAAUGUGCUACCGCAACGCUUCUGGAAAAAAGGCCUCACAAAUGCGAUGAGCCUAGCUGAAAGUAUCACUGCCAGAACGGCAUGCCACGCCCCUCUCAUCGUCGUCGGUCAGGUCGAGGUUGGCACACAGUGCAGCUCGCCUGUGGCUGACAAGUCUGUUGGGUGCUCCUUCAGAGCAGGCAGCGAGUCAAGGAGCGUGCAGACUACGGAGACUGUGGAUCAGUCACACUCCACUACAGGCAUCCUGCAGUCGUACCACCAUCACUGUGGAAGGUACAGUUUCCUUUCUCCAAUGUGCUACGUACCGCAACGCAUCUGGAAAAAAGGCCUCACAAAUGCGAUGAGCCUAGCUGAAAGUAUCGCUGCCAAAAUGGUGUACCACUCCCCUUCAGAGGCCAUCGUUCAGCUUGAAGCUGGCACGCAGUGCACCUUCCCUCUGGCUGACAAGUCUGUUGGGUGCUGCUUCAGAGCAGGCAGCGAGUCAAGGAGUGUGCAGACUACAGAGACUGUAGAUCAGUCAAGCUACACCUCAGCAUCCAGGCCUUCUAUUUCUCCAUCAACAGCCAACAGUGAAAAUUCACAGGAGGGAGGCCUCCAACAAGACCAUUUCUGUGACUAUGAGGCUGGUAAACUGUUUCGUCUGGAAGUACAUGGGAGGGUCUCUACUGGCGAGCGUCCGUUUAAGUGCGAUUUGUGCCGUAAGAGCUUCUCAAGAAGAGACUACCUGAAAAGCCACAUGCGCACCCACACUGGCCUCACAAAUGCGAUGAGCCUAGCUGAAAGUAUCGCUGCCAAAAUGGUGUACCACUCCCCUUCAGAGGCCAUCGUUCAGCUUGAAGCUGGCACGCAGUGCACCUUCCCUCUGGCUGACAAGUCUGUUGGGUGCUGCUUCAGAGCAGGCAGCGAGUCAAGGAGUGUGCAGACUACAGAGACUGUAGAUCAGUCAAGCUACACCUCAGCAUCCAGGCCUUCUAUUUCUCCAUCAGCAGCCAACAGUGAAAAUUCACAGCAGGGAUGCCUCCAACAAGACCAUUUCUGUGACUAUGAGGCUGGUAAACUGUUUCGUCUGGAAGCACACGGGAUGGUCUCUACUGGCGAGCGUCUGUUUAAGUGCGAUUUGUGCUGUAAGAGCUUCUCAACAAGAGACUACCUGAAAAGCCACAUGCGCACCCACACCGCAUCGAGGCCUUCUAUUUCUCCAUCAACAGCCAACGGUGACAGUUCACAGAAGGGAUGCCUCCGCCAAGAUCACACCUGUGACUAUGAGACUGACAAACGGUUUUGUCUGGAAGCACAUGCCAAUGUCCAUACUGGCAAGCGUCUGUUCAAGUGCCACUUGUGCCCUCGAAGCUUCUCAAGAAGAGAUACCCUGAAGAGGCACUUGUGCAUCCACAAAGCAUCGAGGCCUUCUAUUUCUCCAUCAACAGCCAACGGUGACAGUUCACAGCAGGGAUGCCUCCGCCAAGAUCAUCUCUGUGACAAUGAGCCGGACAAACUGUUUCGUCUGGGAGCACAUGCUAGUGUCCAUACUGGCGAGCGUCCGUUUAAGUGCCAUUUGUGCCCUCAGAGCUUCUCAAAAAAAGACACCCUGAAGAGGCACUUGUGCGUCCACGCAGGCGAGCGACCAUUUCAAUGUCCUUCAUGCCAUCAGAGAUUCUCUCAAAGGUCCAAGGUCAAAGAACACCUGCGCACCCACACAGGCGAGAGGCCAUUUCAGUGCCCUUCGUGCCUUCAGAGCUUUUUACGAAAGACCCACCUGAAAGCCCACCUGCGCAUCCACACAGGUGAGAAACCAUGGCAGUGCCCUUCGUGCCUUCAGAGCUUCUCGCAUAAGACCAGCUUGAACGGCCACCUGCGCACCCACACAGAGGAGAAACCAUUUCAAUGCCCUUCAUGCUCUCGGAGCUUCUCGCGCAAGUCCAGUAUGAAAGACCACUUGCGCACCCACACAGGCGACAAGCCAUUUCAAUGCCCUUCAUGCCCUCAGAGCUUCGCACGAAAGACCAACCUGACAACCCACCUGAAAAUCCACCUGCGUACCCGCAAAACUGACAAGCCAUGACAGUGCUCUUCAUGCCCUCAAAGACUCUCGCUUAUCCCUUUCAGACGCCACUUUAUCCAGUUGAUUGAAAUGUGGCUUUCACCACAUCUCUUGCAUCUUCAGAAUCAUAGAAAAUGUACAGCUGCAGAAAAGAUUAAGAAUUUUCAAUUGUUUAGCGAGUUUUGUCAAGUUUACAAAAUUUCUACGCCAUGCGAAAGCUCGCUACAGGAACACACAAUAUGAGUACAUGCAUUAUUUUGUGUUGUGAAAAGCUUGAAGAGCACUUAUCGAGCCACUUGAAAUUUAUGCCUGGUGCAUGGCAUUGCAAAAAACAAUGAAAGAUGUGAACCCGCUACCUACAACAUACUGACACAGAGUAAAAACACUCAGCCAUCUACCUUCCCACUCAUUUUCCUAAAACAUUCUGCACGUUAUUCAAAAUUGCAGCACAGUUCCAAUAAUAAGCAUUUCAAUAUGUAUGAAACACAUUUUAAAUACCAUUACUUUCAUUAGUGCUUUUGCUAUUGAGGCACUCUCCUGCUGUGCACAAUUGUGUAGACAGCGUCUCAAAGGGUUAAGAGGACGUUUUAGCUCGGAGGCUCCUGGCUACAUAUAUGUAAGAGUAAAAUUCCUUUUUCGCG